GGCAUUAAGAGAGAGGAGUCCCCGGGUGCACAAGUAUACAAACCGGGAUAUUCAAGCGAAGAAAUGCCACCAAGUAUGACUGAGAGCUCGGCGAAUAAAUUGAUAAAUGGAGGUGUUUGCCACCGGACCGCUAACGGUAAAAAAUCUUCGGGAAGGAACGGUUUCGUGAAGAAUCAUUGCUUGUUCCAACAACCACAACAGAAGAAGUAUCGGCGCCCGACUGAGAAGAACAACCAUGUUGUGCGUAACGCCAGCCUGUACAACAAGCCAUUUGUGGAGCAGUUUGAGGAGACUCCUCUGCUGGUGGCAGUCCUCACCUACAUGGGCUACGGCAUCCUCACCAUCUUUGGGUACCUCAGAGACUUCCUCCGGAACUGGGGCAUCGAGAAAUGCCAUGUGGCCAGAGAGCGGGACGAACAGAAGGACUUUGUUCCGCUGUACCAGGACUUUGAGAACUUCUACACCAGGAAUCUAUACAUGCGUAUCCGUGACAACUGGAACAGGCCUAUCUGCAGUGUCCCUGGAGCCAAGAUGGACCUGGUGGAGAGAGCCUCCAAAGACUACAACUGGACGUUCGAACACACAGGCAAGGUGGUGAAAGACGUGAUCAACAUGGGUUCUUAUAACUACCUGGGCUUUGCUGAGAACACUGGGAGGUGUGCUGACAGUGCCACAGGGUCUACACAGAAGUACGGUGUGGGAGUGGGCAGCACCCGCUAUGAGAUGGGUAAUCUGGACAUCCAUGAGGAGUUGGAGCAGUUGGUUGCUAGGUUCCUGGGGGUGGAGUCAUCCAUGGCGUUUGGGAUGGGCUUCGCUACCAACUCCAUGAACAUUCCUGCUCUUGCUGGAAAGGGCUGUUUGAUUCUGAGUGAUGAGUUGAACCAUGCCUCUCUGGUGCUGGGGGCUCGACUCUCUGGCGCCACCAUCCGCGUCUUCAAACACAACAAUAUGGUGAGUCUAGAGAAGCUGUUGAGAGAUGCCAUCGUUCACGGCCUGCCCAGAACACACAGGCCCUGGAAGAAGAUACUCAUUCUGGUCGAGGGAAUCUACAGUAUGGAGGGCUCUAUAGUGUGUCUGCCUGAGGUGAUAGCCCUGAAGAAGCGUUAUAAGGCCUAUCUGUACCUGGAUGAGGCCCACAGCGUCGGAGCUCUCGGACCACGCGGUGGAGGGGUGGUGGACUACUUUGGUCUGGACCCCAAAGACGUGGACAUCAUGAUGGGAACGUUCACUAAGAGCUUUGGUGCUGCUGGUGGAUACAUCGGAGGGAAGAGGGAGUUGAUAGACUACCUGCGGUCCCACUCCCACAGUUCUAUCUACGCCACGUCCAUGUCCCCUCCCGUGUCACAACAGAUCAUCACUUCUAUGAAGAUCAUCAUGGGAGAGGACAACACCACUCUGGGGGCGGAGCGUCUGAGGCAGUUGUCAGAAAAUACCACAUACUUCAGAAGGAAACUCAGAGAGAUGGGAUUCAUCAUCUACGGAAACGAUGACUCUCCUGUCGUACCCAUGAUGCUCUACAUGCCAGCCAAAAUAGGGGCGUUUGGCAGGGAGAUGCUAAAGAGGAACAUUGGGACGGUGGUGGUUGGCUUCCCGGCCACACCCAUCAUCGAGUCCAGGGCCAGGUUCUGUGUGUCUGCCGCACACACCAGGGACAUGCUGGACACUGCAUUGGAGGCCAUCAGUGAGGUUGGGGAUGUGUUGCAGCUGAAGUACUCCAGACACCAGAGACAUCAUGAUUUCCCCUCCUCCCUGGGUCCAUAGUCCUCUGAGGAGAGUCUGCUCCUGGAGCCCAGCCACGUCAAGCCUUCUUGUCAUAUAACUAACUGAACCAGCUACACCAGGGAUACUUACACGUUUGUUUGUUUUUGCACUUACCUGGUGCACCGGCUCUAAAUCAGUCCCUGACUAAAGAAUGAAAAUUAGAAGUGGAACUCAGUGAAUUUGAGGAUGUCUGACCUACACUACAGUGGGGCAUGGAUAGAAAGUAACCAAGGUCUUAUCAUCUGUUUUCGUUUCGAUAGUGUGUUAGCCCCUAUGGUUGUCUUACUGUAUCUUCAUUUUUUUGUGUUGGACCUAAAUGUUGAAUCUUAUUUCUGUGUGCACACUGCAUAAUGGGGGCUUCUAGUGCAAUAAUAACAAGAUGGGAGGAAGAAAUCAAUAGAACUAGACAUGGAUUUACGUUGCCAUUAAAAUAUACAAUUUGUUUGGUUAUACCAAUGGAGAUAAUGGAUCAGAGAAAUGGAAUCCCUAGAACAGGGAUCUACAUUUGUUCUAGGGAUUCUGUUUCUAUGGGUUGGAUAAUAGCAGAAGUUUUAAUGCAAGAAAGACGUAAAUAGAUAAUAUAUAUCAUUCAUGACUUUAGUAGAGCACUGGCUAUAUGGUUAAUAUACCCAUAUAUAGGCUUCAUAUCAAAUGAGGUACAUCAUCAAGUGUAGCUUAUUUUAUAUUGAAGUUUCCACUCUAAUCAGUGUGUUAUACUUUAAUAUUGUCACUGGGUUCUUUCCCUAACCAAUGUUUAUAUUAUCUGCUUUUACACAGUAAAUGAACAGGUAAAAUCUCAACGUCUUUGACCUAUUAUCAUAGCUAGUCACCAAAGGAAGUGAUACUUUCCAUGAGAACUUCUCGCUCUCUCUCGUAAGCUACAUAUUACACCUGUUCAGAAAAGAUAAGUUGAGAUAAAUAGAAGAAUAUGGUAAGAACCCUUUUGAAGAGCUGACAUUAAUAUUAGUUAUAUAUUGCAGCUUAUUUUCUAUCAUUCUUUAAUAUUUAGUGUUGUUUAUGCCUGCACUCGAUUAACUUGAGCCCAAAUGACUUUAAACAUUUCUAUACGCUCUAGAGUAUUUAACAUAUCUAUCGCUGAAUAAGUCUUUCAUAUUUCUAUAGCUUGAUAAGAGCCAUGUCGUGUGAAGUGUCUCUCUUAGGGUCGGAUUCCCGGACACAGAUUUAGGCUAGUCCUGGACUGAAAAACGAUUUCAAUGUAGAUUCUUGGCUUAAUCUGUGUCCGGGAAACUGACCCUUACUGAAGAGCGACGUGAUAUGAGUCUCUAACUGUAUAUCUUCUAAGUGCUUAUUAUAUUAAUAACCAGUGUUGUCGUCUUACUCUGGCCAUAAUGUGACCUACCUGUUUAUCUGUAUGUAUGAAGAUGCUGCAUCCUAACCAUGCUUCUCUGAUGUACAGAUAUGUCCUUAUUUGGUAACACUUCCUAUUGAUACCCUCUUCACAGUGCAAAAUAAGUGCAUUUAUAGUGCCUUAUGAGCUAUAUAUAAUGCACAACAUAGUUUUAAUACAGGAAGUGUUACGCCUUUAUUUAUUACAAAUGUCUUAUAGUUUUUCAAUUUGCUCUAUUUUGUGGUAGAGGUUUCUAAUAUAAUAUAUCUGUGGCAGCUCUAAUUAUGUUCUACACUCUUCGGGGAGGGGUAGGGGUUACCUAGAACCGUAAAAGGUUAUUUGGUAGUCUCUGUGUAAUCCUUUUUUUGGUUCCAGGUAGAACCCAUUUUGGUUCCAGGUAGCCCAUUUCACCAAAAGGUUAUUUUGAGCGUUCUUUGUUGGGUGAAAGAGUUCUGCCUGGAAGCAAAACGGUUCUCCUACAGGGACAGCAGAAGAACCCUUUAGGAACACUUUUGAUGGAAUAUGUGUGUCUUAAUAACAAACAGACCACAUCUUCAGUGCUAGUACUACUGACAGGCAUUGGAAAUGCACAGAUGAUGUAGCCUCACUGAAAUGACAGGCUGGCUAACUAACGCUUGGUUAAAAGGAAGCAUAUUUUGCCACCGACUGUCUCUCACAAUGAUUCUUCUUAUCUAAUAUAAUAUUCCAGAAUUGGCUGAUUUGUUUUGGCUUCUAUAUUUGUUUUGAUUUUAGUUUGUUUUGUUUAAAUGUUAUGUUUGACUUUCCAUGGCUCAGUUUAUGGGUCAGUUCAAGUAUAAUAUUGUCAUUUGUCAAAUAUCCAGUUUGUAGUGUGAGUGUACAUUUGCAUUGGAAGUAGAAAUGUGUGGAAGAGAGCUGCAGUUAGCACUGUGAUCGUUAGACCACUACAAACUCCUUAUUAAACUAUGGCUGACAUUUAAAGUGUCUAUAAUUUGUCCAGACGUAAAAUGUUAAACUUGCUAUUUUUAUAUUGUAUUUCAUUAAAGCUGGGUGGGCCCAUGUAGAGUCUGUCUUCAUCCCAAAUGGCAUCUUAUUCCCUAUAGUGCACUACACUUGAUCAGAGCCCAAGUCAAAAUGGUGCACUAUAUAGGGAAUAGGGCGCUAUUUGGGAUCACCCUCUGUAUCCUGUUCCGAUCUCCUUUCUAUUGAGGCAUGAUGUGAUUGCUGACAUCCAGUAACAUGACCAUUUAUCUCAGGAAGGCUGUUUAGAUUUCAAUAAUGCUAAAAACAGAUGUAAUUAAUCAUUAUCUGACUUAAAGUAAAUGUGUUUUUAAAUGAAAAGAUUUCAAAGCCCUUUGAUGUGACAUUACAUUGUUUAACUUGCCAUGGGAAGAGAUAUGUGAUCUGACCUACUCUGUAACUGCAUAUACACCUGUAUGUUAUCAGUAGGCUUUUAACCUUGGCAAGUUCAAUGUUUGAAGAUAGUUUGGGUUGGAAGAUAAACCACUUGAUGAGGUUUUUGAAGCCAUGAUGUGUGUUGACUGUGCUGUUGGAAAUGGUGUUAAGAUUAAAUCAGUCUUUGUUUGUA